AUGACCGAAUCGGACGACGAGCUCUUCGCCUCCCUCGAAAACGAAGAAGCAGACACAAGCUACCGCGACCACCGCAUCCAACAACUAAACGCGGAAUUCGCCUCCUCAAAAACCAACCGCUCAACAAAAACAAACAACACCAACUCCACCAGCACAACCACCUACCCAUCCCUCUCAGGCGACCAAUCCGUGCUAGACUUCACAACACGCAGCACCCGAUGCAUCGUACACUUUGCGCACAGCGACUUCGCCCGCUGCGACGUGAUGGACGCGCGACUUUCCGAACUCGCGACCCGUCACUUCGAGGUCUCGUUUGCGCGGGUGGAUGUGCAGAGCACACCGUUUCUGGUCGAGAAGCUGGGGAUCCGCGUGCUGCCUUGCGUGAUUGGGUUUAAGGAUGGAGUUGGGAUGGCGCGGGUGGUUGGAUUUGAAGGGUUGGGUGCUGGUGGCUCGGAUGGAGGAGAGAACUUUAGCGUCAAGGUUCUUGAGAAGAGGAAUGAUGACGACGAUGAUGAUUGGGAUUAG